CGUACAGACACUGGACCAUUCCUCAUGGCACGUACAUUUCUAGCUGCGAGUGCGUUCUUCUCUCUACUGGUUGCCGCAUGGGCUGCCGGUGAGGAUGAUGUGUUUGCUAUCCAGCCCGAGAUCCAUCAUGUUUUCAGAGACGCUACCAAUACGCCGCCUGCUUGGUUUUCUCAAACCUUCACUGUCAUCUCAUUGUCUCCUUGGCUCAUCCUUUUGGCGGGUUGGUUCUCGGUGGGUGUGACACCGUCCAAGGUCGUUCAUCGUCUAACCGCGGGGUCAGCCGUCCGAACUUUGUCCAUUAUUGCUUUCAUUGGCACGUUGGUCGCCACUGAAUAUUUAUUCUAUCUCUACUGGACUCAGCUUAACCUAUUCCAAACCCUUGGUUACCUCGUUGUCCUGACCAUCAUUCUUUUUGCCACCGGCCGAUAUGCGUUAUCUCAAGUGCAAUCUUUGAGAUCGACGGCGACAAAGUAACCUUAUUUCCCUCACGAUAGAAGAAACCCCGAAUUGUUUUUCUUUUUCUCAUCCUGUUUAUCAUUCUAAUGAUCAUUUCUUAUAUUGAUGGGACGAUCGCUAUAAAUGGUGGCUUUAUAUUUCCCAGAGA